UUAACCCCCCUGGCGGUAUUCCCGGGUGUAGCUCGGGGUUAACUUUCAGUACCAGAAGUGGUAACCCCGAGCUACACUCGGGUUUACCAUGCGGCGCUGCUCCGCGAUCCCUCGAUCACUUACCUUGCCCUGCACUCCCGCAAUGUCCCUCCUGCAGUGUCCCCGGCAAUGUAAUCCGGCGCGGAUGCUGGCAGCUGUCUUCUGGGUUCCGUCCCCUGCGCGCGUUGGGGACGUACGGGGGACGGAACGGCGGGAAAUUUGAAAAUGACAAAAAGUGA